AUCCACCCAUCGCUUUGUGUCAUCGAAAACACACACAAAAGGUCGUCACCGAAAAACACACAUCGAAGAAGGCCACAUGGGGACAAAAAACUCAAUCUAAGGGGAAUCCAAGAUACUCUGAACACCAGCGGACAAAUUCAGUACCGAACCCCUCCACAGGGCACGGGUCUACAUAACACAAAACAACCAUCGUUUCCUUCGCCUGCCCCCCGCCUCCACAUCACUGAUUGCCUUUACUUACCGGCUUAUCAGUGAUCUCCUCCACCGCUCGGUCAGCAGGAAGCUCAAAGACGUACUCGUGGAACAGCAGCCGGUCCUCGAUGUCUUCGCCUGUCUUCUUCUUGGGCCAUUGCGGCUUGAUCGAGCCGCCUUGUGGGAUGGCCCACACGAUGCGCCAGGUCUUCUCGCCAUCCCCGAUCGCUGGGCUUGUCCUCAAAUUGUCGAUCAACGUUUCGUUGAAUCCGCGGGCUGAGUGCUCGCUGUCGACGGUGACUUGAAUGAGGUAGAUGACGUCUUCAGCGCUGUCGAUGUACAGCGAGUCGAUGACCGGCCAGUUCUUGGACUCGGGCACCCAGAAGCCAGGCUUGCGCACGUUGCCAUAAGGCUUCUUCGGGAGUUUGCUGCGACGGAACAGACGGGGCUCACUGUCCUGCUGGGUGGUGUCCAGCGAGACCCGGAUCACAUCCGUCAGCGUGUCCUGCGGCGUCUGCAUCCUUGACGCUCGAGAGUCCUUGCCCACACGUUCCAUAUGGUGGUCGAGGGGCUCCAGACUUAUCGGGCGCCUGGUCACAGACAGAAACUCAUGGACGAGGCCCUCAAGCAGCUCCACCUUCUGCCCGGCGAUCUUUCUGGGGUCCAUGAUGAUGUCGAGCUCAUUUCUCAGCUGCUGCUUGCUCAGCUUGCGGACGAAUCGGCCGAGGAUAUAAGACGAGCGCCAGACGACCUUCCCAAAGGAGUAGGGGCCGCUGACCUUGGGAUCGGGAUCCAGGGACAUAAGAAAGGUCUCAGGGACAUCGUCAGGUUUGGCCUCUGGGGCUUCUCCGGUCCACAGUCGGACGACAUCAUACCGCAAGUUGUCAAGGGCGAGGUCCACAUCCUUCUUGACCUCAGGCAGAGGUCUCAGGUAAUCGCGGAUGAUGCCACCCGCAUAGGGACGCUUGUCAUCCAGCUGGUCGAGCCACUCAGUGCCCUCAAGGGCCUCAGAAACCUCCUCCUCAGUCCAGGUGGGCAUGACCAGAUUGAGUGUGAGCCUUUUCUUGAACUCGUUGUAGUUACCCUUGCGCGCCGAUGCAGCCAGCACGACGCUGCCCGGCCACAACUUAGUCAGGGAACCUUCAAAGCCUGCACCACACACACACACACACACACACAGAGAGAGAGAGAGAGAGACUCACUCUCACACACGCAGGCGUGCAGUCCCGUUCCCUCCCGCCCUGAACUAACCGUCGAUCAGCAGCCAGUUGCGUCGUAGUGAGUCCACGGGCUGCGUCUAUAGCGACUGGAACAACGUCUCUAGCGGGUUGCGAAUUCUCACAAAGCCGUCCUUCGACAGCUCAUACACCUUCCGGUCGACAUUCGAUGACCUGAAUGAAAACCAGGAGGAGCGAACAGGUCACAUGAUCACGUCUGGCCGCCAGCAAGUCGUUGCUGACUUACCUAUCGGAGUUGUCCACGAACCAGAUCUUGAAGUUCUCGCCUCGGUGCAUCUCGGCUUUCAGCACGGCCAAGAAGAAGAAAAGGAACCAAGUCAAGCCGACUCCCGAUGAGCCACGCAGCAGAGCGCGAAAGUACCCCCGAUUUGAGGACGUCUCCUUGUUCAAGUUCUUAUGCCCGUCCAUAAUGAUCUCGGCGAUGUCAACAUAGGCCUUGCGCACCAGCAACUUCAGACCCUCCGUGAGAGGUAUCUUGAUUGGUGUUGCCUUGAGGUGGAUGGGAUCCACUGACUCCCAGUAUGGUUGCAGCUCGAGUGGCCCUAAGAAGAUCGGGAUCGGCGGCGGGUUGGCUGUCCGCGCUUUCACGGAGGCCUGAAAAUCAGACAGACAGACAAACAAACAAACAGACAGACAGACAGACAGACAGACAGACAAGACCAAUGAAUGCACAAAAAUGCACUCAUCACGCCUGCCGGUCACGUACGUACCUCCUCCUCUGGCUCCUCUGCGUGAAGGGCAGUCGCCCUCUGCACGGGGCGAUGAGUCGGGCGUUGCAGGCGAGCCGCCAGGGGGGCAAGAAACGUGAGACGAGCCGAUUGGCGCACGCCAGCCACCCUAUGAGCGAAGGCAAGGCACGCAGUCAGGAGAAGGGAAAGCGCAGAUGCCAUAGCGGUGACCUGUGAAUGAAUGCAGAGAAAGCGCAAAACACGACGCAAGUGAGGUGUCAUCCAUCGACGCGCAGAUCUCCUCACCAUCAUAG